AUGAUUCCGAUCCUGGCGGUAACAGCGCUGAUGCGCAAACCUGCGUUUGUCAGGGAGGAGUGGGAAGCCUUCUUCAGCAACGGGCGCAUGUCAGGGAUCCAGAACGGCUGGGCAAGCAUCAUAUACGGAAACUAUGCGACCGUAAACCCUAGGGCUGCGUGGGAUUUCUUCACAUCUCCAGACUUUAACCUGCAGUUGCUGGAUGGAGGCGUAUCGCUGACCUGGUUGCAGGCGUACGCGGCCGCACUUGGCGGAAUAUGA